AAUAAGAGCAGCGCUCCAGGAGGGGCGGAGCUUCCUCUGAAGAUGGACGCCCUGGUCAACAUCACCAAGGGGAUCUACGAGGAGAUCCAGCAGGAGAUGAAGAGGGCCAAGGUGUCCCAGGCCCUGUUCGCCAAGGUGGCAGCCAAUAAGAGCCAAGGCUGGUUGUGUGAACUUCUCAGGUGGAAGGAGAACCCCAGUCCUGAGAACCGAACUCUGUGGGAGAACCUGUGCACCAUCAGGAGGUUCUUGGGUCUAUCGCAGUCCGAACGGGACCAGGUCUACGAGGACGAGUCCAGGCAGCAGCACAGCGACAGACUCCACCCCCUUCUGCACAUGCCCGACCCACAGGCGCUCCACAGACAGCCCCUCCCACCACUGACAGGCCCCUCCCCCGUUGUCGAGGACCCCCAGCCCGUGUCCGUUCCCGCCUUACAAAGCUCCGACGCCCCCCCCCAGAGGGACGGCGGGGACAGCCCUGACCCCGGUCCCAAAAAGGCCCGGUCCCGGACCCGGAUCUCCCUGGAGGCCCUGGGGAUCCUGCAGAGCUUCAUCGGGGACGUGGGCCUGUACCCGGACCAGGAGGCCAUCCAGACCCUGUCGGCCCAGCUGGACCUGCCCAAGCACACCGUCGUCAAGUUCUUCCAGAACCAGCGCUACAACGUCAAACACCACAGCCAGGCCGCCACGGAGGACCGGGAGGACCGGGACAGCUCCGGUCCUGGCGAGGGGGGGGAUGCAGAGGGCCGAGAGGACGGGGGGGCGUUGGCCUCUGAGGAGUCCGAGGACGAGGGAGGAUCAGAGGACGGAGAAGGAAGGCGGAGACAAGUGGACAUGGAAGAAGGGGAUGAUGGGAAGUCCUCGGGUCUGGCCACGUCCUCGCUGUCCCCCUACAGCAGCAUGGGCAGUCCCCAGUCGGCCCCGCCCACUGAGCCCACAGCCGACGCCCACGGCGACCAAACAGAGGAACCCAACCGAUGGAAGCCAUGGAGACUGUGAAGAAACACACACACACACCAUCAGAACCUUUGGAGGACCAGAACCACAACUGGACCAGAACCAGACCAGAACCAGACCAGAACUGGACCAGAACUGGACCGGACCACAGCAGACCCAUGGACGCCAUCAUGACCUUUAUGACCUUUACACAGCGGUGGGAGGGGCCAAAACAACAGUAUUAGAAUACCAUCGUCCAUACCUGUGUGACAUGAAGGACAGGUUCUGACAGUCGCUUUUCCAUCGGACAUCUGCGCGAAACUUUAACGAUAUUUACUAAAUGUUGAGAAAAAAAACAACAGAAUUUUCCAUUAAAUCCUGAAUGCGAUGGUUUGUUUAUUUAUUCUGGCAGAUGUUUGUUUUAAACUCUCCUUCUUCUCUUGUAACGUCUGUUUUUUUUUUUUUUUUGUUCACGUGACUCUAGUUGCACCGAAAGAUCUUUUCGUUGCGGUUGCACAAAAAAAUUUUUGGCAAAAUUGUUGUGGUGAAAUUUUUUGUAUUUGCGUAAUUUGAGAGUCAGUGAAAAAGUGUCCGUUCCGUUAUUUUGUAUUCUUUUAUUUACUUCUGGAUUUUUUUUUUUUUUUGCCACUUGAAGAAGGACAGAUUUCGACAGUUGCUUUGCCAUCGGACGUCUGCACAAAACUUUAACGAUAUUUACUAAAUGUUGAGAAAAACAACAAAAACAGAAUUUUCCAUUAAAUCCCAAAUGCAAUGAUUUGUUUAUUUAUUCUGCCAGAUGUUUGU